AUGGCACCAUCAGCAGCGCUUUCACCGCACAUGGACAUGGCCUCCCAUGCUGGAGAUGACCACUACAUCAACACCGAUCAGGACUUGGACCCCGCGGCUCGGGACCCUGACUCAGACUCGGAUGUUUCAGUUGCCAUCAUAGAGCCCACCACGGUAUGGAGUGAUCUAUGGAAUAUUAGCCAGGAAGAGGCCGCUCUUGAUUAUCCACUCCGGUUACCCACGGAUGUUCCCCUUCCAGGUGCGCCAGCUCCAGGUGCGAAGGAUGUGGAAUACUUGGCGUACAACGUCUGCCGCCGAGGCUCUUGCAGCAUCCAAGACUUUUGUGCAAUGGCUGCCCUACUUCCGGCGCAGCCACAGGUGAAGCGACGGCAAAACUCAACCUCUGAUGGCGCCGCUGGCGGACUUCAAAGAGUGUUUCUCACAGGUGCGUAUUCGAUUGGAGGCGGAGGACUCAGGGGAGUACAGACCAACACUGGUCUUUUUCCAUGGCUUACUACGUGGCUUACCUCAGUGGUUCGUGGCGCUAAGGAGGAUCAUAGGUUCAGCAGUUGCGCAUUUUUGGUUAACACUUUACAUUAUGUGCAUCGUGACACUGGGAAUGCACCUGGCACUUCGAACCUGCUUAUCCCGUGCAAUCGCUGGAAGGGCGGACAGUUAUGGCAGGCGGACGUCGAUGGAUCAGUACGGUUGGAGGAGAACGGACCUUGCGGUAUCCUGAGAAAUGUGUCGCGACCAUACAUCCAGCUGUGCCCUACCACAUUGCAUGCCACCUACCCAUGGGGAGGAGCGGACCGGAUGGUACUAGUGGCAUACCACGCCAGAGCCGUGGAUCGCCUGCCGGCGAAGUGCCAAGAUCAGCUACGACGCCGAGGCUUUUUGCCCCUGCACCACGCUGCGAGUACCGACUGA